AUGGCUAGGAGAGGAUUUGGAACCAAGGGACAGAAAAUAAGACUUCUAGGUAACCAUUUCAGUGUUGUCGUGAACAAGAAAGACGGCUACUUCUAUCAUUAUAGUGUUGCCAUGUCUUUUGAGGAUGGUCACCCACUUGAAGUGAAGGGUCUUGGGAGAAAGGUCAUUGAUAAGCUUUGUGAAACAUAUGAUGUCUUACCACGUAACAAGAGUUUCGCGUAUGAUGGUGAGAAAAGCUUGUUCACUGUUGGUCCUCUGGAACAUACCAAGCAGGAAUUUGUUGUUGUGCUGGAGGAAGUUUUGUCAAAGAGUCCUGGCAGCUCUAAUGAUGGAGGAGACAACAAGAGGAUGAGGCUCCAAUCUCGGUCCAAAACUAUUAAGGUGGAGCUAAAUUAUGCAGCGAAAGUCCCACUGCGAGCAAUAACAGAUGCAGUACGUGGUCAGGAUUCUGAGCGCUCCCAGGAAGCAUUGAGGGUCCUGGACAUUGUACUGAGGCAGUGUGCAGCAAAACAGGAAUGUCUCCUUGUACGACAAUCCUUCUUCCGUGACAUUCCAAGGAAUUUUACUGACCUUGCAGGUGGUAUUCAAAGUUGCCGUGGUUUCCACACAAGCUUUCGAGCCACUCAUGGGGGUUUAUCCAUCAAUGUUGAUGUCUCAACUACAGUGCUUGUAAAGCCCGGGCCUGUUUUGGACUUCCUUUGCCAGAAUCAAAAUGUUCAACAUCCAAACUCAAUUGAUUGGAUCAAGGCUAAAAGAAUGCUGAAAAAUCUAAGAGUCAAGGCCAAUAAUGUCGAGUACAAAAUCACCGGGCUGAGUGAAAAGCCCUGCAGGUCACAGACAUUUUUAUUAAGACGUGGAAAGAAUGCGAAUGGUGAAGAGCAGUCAAGUGAAAUGACAAUUUAUGAAUACUUCAAAGCCCAUAAAAAUAUUGAACUGCAUUAUUCUGCUGAUAUGCCAUGCAUCAAUGUUGGCAAACCAAAGCGUCCUUGUUACUUCCCUGUGGAGCUAUGUACAAUGGUCUCACUGCAGCGGUACACCAAGGCGCUUACAAAUUUACAAAGGGCCCAACUAGUGGAGAAGUCAAGGCAAAAACCCCAAGAAAGGAAAGCAGCUUUACAAGAUUCCUUAAGAGCCAGCAGAUAUGGUAAUGAGCCUAUGCUUCACUCUUGUGGGAUUACCAUUGAACCGAAUUUGAUUGAAGUUGAAGCACGUGUUCUGCAAGCUCCAAGGCUUAUAGUUGGGGAUGGAGUGGACAUUCUUCCCAGGAAUGGGCGCUGGAAUUUCAACGACAAGAAACUAGUUGAGCCUGAGAUGCUUAAGAAUUGGGCCAUUGUAAACUUCUCAGCUCGGUGUGAUAUGGAACGCCUGUUAAAUAUUAUCAGGAUUUGUUCUGAAAGGAAAGGGAUGCGCUUGAACCGUCCUUUGGGGAUAAUUGAAGAGGAUAAUCAUUGUAGACGUGAGUCAGCAGCUGUCAGGGUUGACAAUAUGUAUGAAAAUCUAAAGUCCAAACUGUCUGAGCGCCCUCAGCUUCUGUUAUGUCUCCUUCCAGAGAGAAAGAAUUCCGAGCUUUACGGACCUUGGAAAAAGAGAAGUCUUGCUAAGGAAGGGAUUGCAACCCAGUGCAUUGCACCCACGAAACUCAAUGAUCAGUACAUUACUAAUGUGCUUUUGAAGAUUAAUGCAAAGCUAGGUGGCAUGAACUCCUUUCUAUCAAUUGAGGAUGCAGAUUCCAUACCCCUAGUUUCUGAUAUUCCUACCUUGAUUCUUGGGAUGGAUGUUUCACAUGGAUCUCCUGGUCGUUCUGAUGUGCCAUCUAUUGCAGCGGUUGUAAGCUCAAGAUGUUGGCCUAAAAUUUCUCGUUAUAGAGCUGCAGUUCGUACUCAGUCGCCCAGAGCUGAGAUGAUUUCAUCUUUGUACAAGCCUGUUUCUGAUACUCAGGAUGAUGGUAUCAUCAGGGAGCUGCUAUUGGACUUCUACGCUACUUCUCAACAUAGGAAGCCUGAGCACAUUAUAAUUUUCAGGGACGGAGUGGGUGAGUCCCAGUUCAACCAGGUCCUGAACUUUGAGUUGGAUGAAAUUAUUAAGGCAUGUAAGCAUCUUGACGGCAAUGACGAGCGUUGGAAUCCCAAAUUCACUGUGAUCGUUGCACAGAAGAGACAUCAUACUAGGUUCUUCCAUGCAAACAAUGCUCAAGAAAAUGUUCCAGCUGGAACUGUUAUUGACAACAGUGUAUGUCAUCCUAGAAACAAUGACUUCUACAUGUUUGCUCAUUCUGGGAUGAUUGGGACAAGUCGACCUACCUAUUACCAUGUUUUACAUGAUGAAAUCGGGUUCUCAGCAGAUGCUUUGCAAGAACUAGUGCUCUCUCUAUCUUAUGUGUAUCAGAGGAGCACGACUGGCAUAUCAGUAGUUGCCCCCAUUUGCUAUGCUCAUUUGGCAGCUGCCCAAAUGGCACAGUUCGUCAAGCUUGAUGAUCUGUCUGAGACUUCUUCCAGCACAUCUUCAACUACGAUUCCUCAAAUACCCCGGCUUCAUAAAAGGGUUGCAAAUUCCAUGUUCUUUUGCUAACAUUUUAUUUUAUCUUUAUCUCCUUUCAUGGAAGGAAACCUAUGAGUUGAGUAUA